AAACAGAGGCGGCGGCAGGACGCUAAAUUGCCGCUUUCUCAAUGGCGGGAUUUCCGAGCCGGCCUUAGCUCCUGAGGGCUGAAGUGGAGAGGGGCGAAUAGGGACACACUGUUCCUUGCCCUUUCUCUCCGCGAGCAGAAGCCAACUCCGCAGGAGCGAGGGCCGCGGAGCUGGGUUAGCGGAAAUGUCCCUCCAGGCGUGAAGUCUCAGGGCUCGGCUGGAGUCUGAGGGAGCGGAGGUCUCCCGGCUGGGCCCUUCUGCGUCCUUCGUGAACUCACCUGUGGUGGAGCGAGAAGGAAUUUGGGAAGGGCCAGGGGUUCCUCCGGAGUUUCUCUUAGCUGUCAUUUUGGCGGCUUUUUUACUUUAGAGAAUUCCAGUCUCGUCGUAGUUUUGGAUCCAGAAUUGAAGAAUGAUUCGUGAAGGGAAUGGAUGACAGCGUCAACACGACAUUUUAUCGACCAUGGAUUCUUACAAUGCACCAGAAUCAACUCCUAGACAAAAUGCAACCUCAAGGCUUAAAGAUUACUUUAUAGGUGCCACCCCUCUGCAGAAACGAUUAGAAUCAGUCAGGAAGCAGACUUCAUUUGUCCCGACUCCACCUCGAAGGAAACUUCCCCAGUGUUCACAGUUACAGGAAGAUGUUGAUCCUCAAAAGGUUGCAUUCCUUCUGCAUAAACAAUGGACUUUAUAUAGUUUAACUCCCUUAUAUAAAUUCUCCUAUACUAAUUUCAAAGAGUAUUCUAAACUUCUGAGUGCAUUUAUUGCUGCUGAAAAGCAAAAAGGACUUGCUGUGGAAGUGGGAGAUGACUUCAACAUCAAAGUGAUUUUCUCUACUCUCCUAGAAAUGAAAGGAACACAGAGGGACCCUGAAGCAUUUCUUGUCCAGAUCCUAACAAAAUCUCAAUUGCCUUCUGAACACAGAGAAGGUAAAGUGUUGUGGACUGGUUGGUUCUGCUGUAUAUUUGGAGAUAGUCUUCUGGAGACUGUUUCAGAAGAUUUCACCUGCCUACCUUUAUUCCUUGCAAAUGGAGCAGAGACUAAUACAGCCAUAAUUGGAACCUGGUUUCAGAAAACUUUUGACUGUUAUUUCCGUCCCUUAGCAAUCAAUGCGUUUAAUCUUUCCUGGUUGGCUGCUAUGUGGACUGCAUGCAAAAUGGACCGUUAUAUGGCUACCACUGAAUUUCUUUGGUCUGUACCCUGUAGCCCUCAAAGUCUGGACAUUUCUUAUGCCAUACAUCCAGAGGAUGCCAAAGCUUUGUGGGACAGUGUCCAUAAAACACCUGGGGAAGUUACUCAGGAGGAAGUUGACUUAUUCAUGGACUGCCUGUAUUCACAUUUCCAUAGGCAUUUCAAAAUCCAUUUAUCAGCCACAAGAUUGGUUCGUGUUUCAACAUCUGUAGCUUCAGCACAUACUGAUGGAAAAAUAAAGAUUCUGUGCCAUAAAUACCUUAUUGGAGUUUUGGCAUAUUUGACAGAAUUGGCGAUUUUUCAAAUUGAGUGAGGCCUUGUGGGGACUAUACAUUAUGGAUUCUAUACUUUUUUCUCACUGAUAAUCUGCUGAAUUGCAAUGCUGAGAGGGACUGCAGAAGAAAUGAGCAUCUCUCUCUGCAUCCGUUUUCCUCACAGUGCCUUGGAAAUACCCAGAUGACAGUCAAGAAGUGUCUAGAAGAACAAAGAAGGUGGUAGUAGAUGAACUACAGCCAGGUGCUCAUGUAGUAGUCAUGAUCGUCUGGGAGCCAGUCUCUAGAAUAUGCCGAGUUCUUAAUUUGUUGGCCAUCUUUCUAAAAAUAUAUAUGAUGUUUAUUAUGUGAAACUUUUAGGAUUGAAGUGAGAUAUCUUUAAUGUUGACUCUUUCUGAUUUGCAUCUUUAAAACCUUUAAUUACUAAUUUUAAGCAUUUUAGACUUACACUUAGAAUUUGUCUUCUGUAGGCAUUUUCAUAGCAUUGUUUUGCUGUAGAGAACUGGCAAUCAAAAUCCUCCCCAAAGGAAACUAAAGAUUACUAUACAUUUUUUUAAGCCACUAAUAUGCUUCUGUUUUUAAUACUGUUCAAUUCUUACUGCAAUGUUGAGUUAAAUAUUCACUUUUAAAAUGAAGCAUGUGUUUAUCGGUAUCUUGGUGACAGAUUUUUAAUUAAUUUCUCAGGAAUGGGAAGCUAUAGGCUUUUUCUCUAGCACAAAGGUUACACAACAACUGUAUGGGAUCAUACAAAUUGUAGAGUUGAAAGACACCUGUGAGCCUCUUUUGAGGGCAGAAAUUAUAUUACUUAACUUUCGUGUUCCUAUUUUGCUUUAGCACAGUGCUUGGUAAAUAUCUGUAGCUUGCUUAAGUAAAUUAAUUUUAACCAACUCUUUGAUUUUACAGAUGAAAACUAUGAGAUCGAGCAACUUUGACUUGCACAAGAUGUUAUAUCUAAAAUUCUUUUUACUCACUGAGCAGAGGAAGAUUUUAAAUAAUAUUUUUAAAAAUCUUGUUUGAAAGAAAAUAACUUUAAUGGGCUGUCAUUCAAAACAAAGAUUAACUUCUGGAAGGGGAUAUUAUUUCACAUAUACUAGGAACAGCAGAGGUAGUAGGAAAGCAUUGGCUUUGGAGUCAGACAUUCAUUCAUUCAACUAACUCUACACUCCUGCUGUGUACUUAGACCUACGUUGGGUCUAUAAGGUGUAUAGCAGUGAAGACAAGAAAGGUCCCUGUCCUGUGGGAAUAUAUUCUAGUAGAGGAAGACAAAAGAAAAAUCAUUUCAGAUGGAGAUAAAUGCUGUAAAUAAGGCAGCACAAUAGGAAAGAGGGUGACUGGGGUGGGGCCUACUUUACAUACAGUUGUCCAAGAAGGUCUCUCUGAGGACGUGACAUUUGAGCUGAGUCCUGGGUGAUGAGAGGGAACCAGCGGUGUGAAGACCUGAGGAAGCCUGUGCUGGGCAGGUCAAACUGCAAGAGCAAAGGCCUUGACGUAGGUAAGAGCUGGCUUGUGUGAAGAGUAAAGGAAGUUUGUGUGGCCGGAGCCUGCUGAGUAAGGGUGGAGUGGCAUGAGGUGAAACUAAGGAGACUGUGCAGCAGUGACUUCUUUCAUGGUGUUGCAUCUCCCAGUUUGGGGCUGAGCAUGUGGCUGCCCAGAAUAAAAAUGACAUUUCCUAGCCUUUUUCAUAGGUUGAUACAAUCAUAUGAAUAGGUUCUGACCCAUGGCAUAUAAAUGGAAGUGUCAUGUAGAGCUUCUAGGAAUCUUCCUUAAAAAAGCCCCUAUACCCCUUGCCCUGUGCUGCUGCUUCUUCCAGUUUUUCUCCUUAAUGUGUCACUGGGAUGAGGGUCAGGUCCUAGGGAUGGCAGAGCAUGGUCUGGAAGAAGUCUGUGCCCUGAGGGCUCUUGGACUGAACUCCAGCGCCGGCCUCGGGCGGUCUUCCUCCAGACUUACACAUCAGAGAUGUAAGCUUCUAUCUCGUUUAAGCUAUUGUUACUUCGGUUCUCUUGCUCAUAGCCAAACUUAACGCUAACUGAUACAGAGGCAGGGUCCACAUCAUCUAAGGUUUAACAGGUACUGUGAAGAGACUGGAUUUUAUUCUAAAUGCAAUAGGGAGCCACUGAAGUUUUAGUAGAAAAGUAAUAUGAAGAUGAGUAAUAUGACCCAAUUUGUAUUUUAUAAGAUUUUAUAAGACAUGGAGAAUAAGUUGUAGGUGGACAAGAGUAGAAAAGGGAACAGUUAAAAGGUUGUUAGAAAUGGUACAACCUCAUGGAGAAGUUACCAAUAUCUAGCAAAAUUAUGUGUGAUUUAUCCUUUGACCAGCAAUCCCACUUCUGGGAUUCUAUCCCCAAAAUUCACUAGCAAAAAUACAAAAUGAAGCAGGAACGAGGCUGUUUAUUACAACAAAAUUUGUAAUAGCAAGACUAAAAACAAUCCAGAUGCUCAGAGAGGGAUUGAUUGAAUAUGGUAUAGCUGUGCAGUGAAUUACUAUGUAAUUAUAGAAGGGUUUGAGGAAAAUGGUUAAUACCACCAUAGAGUUAUCUCUAGGCUAUAUUGUUACAUGAAAGAGCAAGAUGUGGAUAGAGUGUAUAGUAUGCUAUAUUUUAUGGAAGGAAUGGGGAAAAUAUGAGUGUGUGUAUAUUUGCUUACUUUUUGAAAAAACUUUGGAAGGCUAAACUAAAAACUAAGAAAAGUGGUUACUAAUGGAGGUGAGGGAAAUUAACUGGGUAGAGGGGACAGGAAUGAAAUUAGGACUUAUCUGAAUGUUUCUUGUUUAUAGUUUGAAACCAUUUAAGUGUUUUAUGUAAUUAUGAAACAAAAUUAGAUCAAAAAGAAGAAAAGCAAUCCCUAAAAAUUGAAAACAUAUGAACCUAUGUUAAGUUUGUGCCAUAAUCACACAAAGGAUUAUUUUUAGUACCUCUAAAUCCUUGUGUUUUGACUAUAUAUCUUCAGUGGGCUAUAUCCUAGGAAAAUAAAAGCAGCAGAGGAAUCUUCAAUUGCAUUGACUUAAAUAGUAUUGAUAUUGUUAUUUUACCACUAUUCAUAGUAAGAUAAAAUAUAUGUAAUUAUAACAAUGUUAAGACCUAAGGUUUCCAGUAUAAUAGAAAAGAUAUAAAAUCAAGUGAGCUAAGUAGAAACUGUAAUAUUAAGUCUGAAUUGGAGAUACCAGAAUGAACUCAUUUAUUUCUGAAAUGCAAACAUUCCUAAUUUUGAUGAAGCCCACUUUGUCAAAUUUUUUUUGUUUCAUGUGCUUUAGGUGUUGUAUCUAAGAAAUCAUUGCUUACCCCAAGGUCCUGAAGAUUUACUCCUAAGUUUUCUAAGGAUUUUAUAGUUUUAACUCUUAAGUCUGUAAUCCAUUUUGAGUUGACAAUUUGGCAAGAAUUUAGGUCUGUAAUCCAUUUUGAGUUUUUAUUUAUGGUGUGAAGUAAGCAUUCAAGUUCAUCAUUUUGCAUAUGGAUAUUUAUUUGUUCUAGCACCACUUAUUGAAAAGACUGUUAUUUUCCCAUUGAAUCGUCUGUCACCUUUCUUAAAAAUCAGUUGGCCAUAGAUGUUUGAGUUUAUAUCUGUACUCUCAGUUCUGUUUUAUUCAUCUAUAUGUCAGUCCCUAUGCCAGUACCACACUGUAGCUUGGUAGUGUUUUGAAAUCAGGAGUGUGAGUCUUCCAACUUUGUCCUUUUUUUAAGUUUGUUCUGGCUAUUCAUUUUGGUGUUUGGCAUUUUCAUAAGAAUUUUAGGAUCAACUGGCCAAUCUUUAUUACAAAGUUAGCUGGGAUUUUGAUGGUGAUUGCCUUGACUCUGUAGAUCAGUUUUGAGAGUACUGUCAUCAUAAUGAUAUUAAAUUUUCUAGUCUGUGAAUAUGAGAUAUCUUUUCGUUUAUUUAAAUCUUUCAAAAUUUCUUUCAACAAUAUUUUAUUAUUUGAUACAACAUUGUAAAAUGAUUAUAAAUCGAUAAAAAAUGUUAAAAAAAACCCCACAAUGUUUUAUUGUUUUCAGCAUCCAAGUAUUGCACUUUUUUGGUUACAUUUAUUUCUGAAUUGUUUUUUAUGCUGUUGGGAAUGGAAUUGUUUUCUUAAUUUCAUUGUUGGAUUGUUUGAUGCUAGUGUAUAGAAAUACAGCUGAUUUUGUAUAUUGCACUUGUAUUCUAUGACUUUGCUGAACUUGUUUAUUCCAGUAGUUUUUGGAAUGAAUUCUUUAGGAUUGUCUAUAUAUAAGAUUCAUGUCAUUUAUGAAUAAAGACAGUUUUACUUCUUAAUUUCAA